AUGUCUAACAGUGACGAGGAAAGUUCAAAACUAUUUGAAGUGUAUCCCGACGGUAUUCCUUGUCGAUCCCGAAUAUUGCCGCCUUCUAUCCGAAACAUGCUAUCCGUACAGCAGAGACCAAACGAAAUUAUGCUCGGCCUGUGCAGGAUUAAAAUCUGGUUUGUAACAUAUCCAUUGAACGUUUCAUCUGAUGUAGGCUCAACUAACUCAAUACAGGUUCAAUGCAAAGAAGCAAUAGUGAACAUUCGAUCCCAGUCCGGCGAUAUAAUUGAAUCCGUAAACAAUACCGCUGGUGUAUAUUCCCUCCAUCAGAACCCACAAUUACAACCACCAUUACCAGCAAGAAGAAUCAUGUACGUAGAACCAGGGGAAAGAGUCAUCAUUAUAUGCUAUGGUACAACUCUGCGUGACAUCCCGUUUACGUGGCGUGUCGACACCCAUGAGGUCAGUCCGAGGUAUCUCUGGAGCGCGAGCGGAGACAGGAUCCAUCUUAACGCGAGAGAUCAUAUCGUCAUUAAACACGUAUUAUAUAGCGACGCUCGUGUAUAUAGGUGA